UGACUAUAGUGUCCUUAUAUUUACCUUUAUAAAGCACUUUCCCUUCAUCCAACUCUCCUAUCCCCUCUUCCUUCCCCCCAUCGACAUCCCCCUAACACUGUCUUCUUCCUGACAAUGGGCAAGCCUUUAGUUCUCGUUCUGUUAAUGCUCGCCGUCGUAUGUUCUGCUGCGGCGGAGAUGUCGAUCAUAUCAUACGACGAGCAGCAUCCGGCGAAAGGAUUGAUCCGAUCUGAGGAGGAGAUCAAGGAGCUGUUCGAAUCGUGGCUUGUGAAACACGGCAAGGCGUACAACGCUGUCGGAGAAAAAGACAAGAGGUUAGAGAUCUUCAAGGAUAAUCUCAAGUACAUCGACGACCAGAACAGUCUUGAGAACCGGAGCUACAAGCUAGGGUUGAACUUUUUCGCCGAUAUGACAAACGAGGAGUAUCGCACUGGGUACCUCGGUACCAAAAGGGAUGCUCGCCGGAAGACUCUGAAGAGCAAGAGCAACCGGUAUGCUCCGGUGGAAGGCGAAUCGUUGCCGGACUCUGUUGACUGGAGGGAGAAAGGUGCUGUCUCAGAGGUCAAAAAUCAAGGAAGCUGCGGGAGUUGCUGGGCCUUCUCAACAAUUGCAGCUGUUGAGGGAGUGAAUAAGAUUGUUUCCGGCAGUCUGGUCUCACUGUCUGAGCAAGAACUGGUUGACUGUGACACAAGCUAUAACGAAGGCUGUAAUGGUGGACUGAUGGACUAUGCUUUUGAGUUCAUCAUCAAGAACGGUGGCAUUGACACUGAGAAGGACUACCCGUAUACCGCUAAGGAUGGAAAAUGUGACUCCUACAGGAAAAACAAUGCCAAGGUUGUUACUAUUGAUGGGUACGAGGAUGUUCCUGUAAACAAUGAGGCGGCCUUGAAGAAGGCACUAGCAAAUCAGCCCAUUGCUGUUGCUAUUGAAGCUGGAGGGAUGGACUUCCAACUCUAUGAAUCGGGUAUAUUCACAGGAUCAUGUGGAACUGAUUUGGAUCAUGGUGUGGCUGUUGUUGGGUACGGUACAGAAAAUGGUGUUGAUUAUUGGAUAGUUAAGAAUUCAUGGGGAGCUGCUUGGGGAGAGAAAGGGUAUGUGAGGAUGCAGCGAAAUGUGAAGGCAGAAGCUGGAUUGUGUGGUAUAGCUGUGGAGCCUUCUUAUCCAACAAAGACUGGGCAAAACCCUCCACCAAGCCCUCCAACACCACCCGCUCCCACCCCAGUCCCUCCAUCCCCAGCAGCUCCCAGUGUUUGUGACCGAUACAAUGCAUGCCCGUCUAGCACCACCUGCUGCUGUGUCUUCCCGUUUGGGAACUACUGCUUUUCAUGGGGAUGCUGCCCUUUAAAUAGUGCUGUGUGCUGUGAGGAUCACAACAGUUGCUGCCCUCAUGACUAUCCCGUUUGCCAUGUUAGGUCUGGCUCCUGCACAGCGGGUAAAAACAACCCACUAGGGGUGAAGGCAAUGACACGCAUUUCCGCUCAACCUCUGCGGGCAUUCAGGGAUGGGGGAAGGAAGAGCAUCAGUGCUUAGUAUUGUUAUGAGCCAGUCCGAGCUUUUGGGAUGACAAGAAGGGGGAAGGGAACCAUUGCAAGUAGAAAGGGGUGUACACUGAAUUGCGCCUUUCAACUCCAUCCUAAAGAGCUUCAGAAUUUGAUGAUGGGCUCAUUAUUAAUGGCAUUGUAUUGUGACAACUGAUUUGUAUAUAGUGUUUUCGUUUUCCAUUUCAGUCAUAAGUUGGCUAAACUGCUACUUUAUUGCUUUUUAUGCAUGUUGUUUGCUAUUCAACAUGAUGGCUGUACUUUGUUAAUAACAACACUGCUUUCGCCUUCCACCGUUUUCUGUUGUGCGCUUAUUGUUUCCACGUUACUUAUCCCACCGUUUUCUAUUGUAUGGAAAAUGCUAUCUAAUUACACUGGAAGUAAGCGGCCGUUGAAAACACUUUACACUAAUGUUUUAUCAAAUAUUACUAUCUA